AGGAAAGAUAUGGAAUUUUUCAAAAAGAUGACAUCAGAUACAAUAAAUCCUGAUAAACAGAAUGCUGUCAUAAUGGGGAGAAAAACAUGGUUUUCUAUACCUGAAAAAUUUCGGCCUUUGAAAGGACGUAUUAACAUAGUCCUUAGUAGAGAACUAAAGGAGGUACCAACUGGUGUUCAUAUAGCUAGAAGUUUAACGGAGGCUUUGUCUCUGGUAGAAACAGAGUUAUCUGACCUUGUGGAAAAUAUACAUAUCAUUGGGGGGAGCUCUGUGUAUAAGGAAGCUAUGGCGGGACCAUAUCCCUGUAGAAUUUAUCUUACAAGGGUGUUAAAGGACUAUGAAUGUGAUACUUUUCUGCCAGAAAUUUCAGAUGAAAAAUUCACAAAGAUUGCAAAUCCAGAUAAUGUGCCAGUCGAGUUACAGGAAGAGAACAAUAUCAAGUUUAGAUUUGAAGUUUUUGAAAAGGUGUGCUAA